CCCACGUUUAUACUUGAAAGAGUGCCAAGCCUCUCUCUCUCUCUGGGACUAUAAAAAGGAAGGCUUUGAGGAAGGAUUUCCAGAGCUGCAGAAAAGCGCAACCGGGCAGUAGCAGCAGCAACAACAGCUGGGAUUCUUCACCAGGAGCCAAACUGUAGCUCUCUCUCUAACCAGCCAUGCUCCCCUCUACUCUCCACUUCUCUGGCUUUUUGCUGGCUUGUGUGCUGCUAAAAAGCUGCUGGGCUUUUAAAAACGAUGCGACAGAGAUCCUUUACUCGCAUGUUGUCAAAUCCAUCCCUGCCAGUUCUGGUGGCAGUGGGGGCAGCAACAACAGUGCCUUGAAUCAAGCCAGGAAUGGAGGAAGGCAUCCAGGAUUUGAUCGGAGCAGUCGUGUUCAAGUUGGCUGUCGGGAACUGCGAUCAACCAAAUAUAUUUCAGAUGGCCAAUGUACCAGCAUCAACCCUCUAAAAGAACUGGUCUGUGCUGGAGAGUGCCUCCCUUUACCAGUGCUGCCUAACUGGAUUGGAGGAGGUUAUGGGUCCAAGUACUGGAGCAGAAGAAGCUCCCAGGAGUGGAGAUGUGUCAAUGACAAAACACGCACACAAAGAAUUCAGCUUCAGUGCCAGGAUGGAAGUACAAGAACCUACAAGGUAACUGUGGUUACAGCUUGCAAGUGCAAGAGAUACACCAGGCAACACAAUGAAUCCAGCCACAACUUUGAAGAAGCAUCUCAGACAAAGCCAAUCCACCAUCAUAAAGAGAGGAAAAGGAACAGCAAGUCCAUGAAGCAUCUUCCAAGUUAGAACUGGACAAUAGCUUCUCUCUAUUGAACAUUUAAUAGCCAUCAGCUUUACAAACCUCACCAACUGAUAGAAAGCCUCCCAUAUCAUUGUUCCUUCUCAACUGUAGAAGAGCCUACAUACAUUUGUGGCUUUGACCAAAUUCAGAAGGGCAUUCUGUGCAUAAAGACUUAUGGGCAUGAGCUAUAUGCCUCUAUUUUUUUCUUACUGGACACAACAAACUGUUGCAAUGAAUGUUCAAUGAAUUUUGUAUUGUAGAGAGCUGCUGCUGUGAGUUCUUAUGAGCACACUUUCCUGAUCAAGUAUUUUAUCAGGAUCCCACAUCUCAUGCUCACAUCUCAUGUUUCUCCUCUGGUGAAAUAAAAGCAUUGUGCAUGUUGAUCUUUUCCUUUCAUGCAAACAUCUGUACUACAAAAUUAUGAAAAGAAAACAAUACAUGCAUGACAGCAGCUGUAAAAUAAUUUUGAACAGAGCCUAUUUAUUUGUCCAUGUAGUUAUUUAAUGAGCUUUUACGUGUUUUUUUAAAGAUCCUUGUUUUAUGUAUGAUCACCAUUUUCUACACAUCAAAAUCUUUUUCUAUGAUUUGUGGUUCAAGCAGAAAUAGACAUCUUGUAGAUAAUGUAAACUAAGUAUUUUAACCUUUGUAAGUUUCUCAUUUUCAGCUCAGCUCAUAUUUUGUACAUAUGAUGUAAAAUACAUUUGUAUUUUUUAAAAAGUUGUUCAUUGCAAAAGUAGACUUUACUUCAUAUUGAUUUCAUCCAUUUUAAUAAAAAAAUCAACACUAUAA